GGGGCCCAGUACGCUCGCUGCGGCUGGGCGGCUAGUUUAAGUUGCCAUAGCUGCGAGUCAGGGCAGAGCACUGUCGGUUGCGCCGCCGCGUCGGGUCCGUAGCACCUUCUCGGUCACAGGUGGCCGUGGGAGCCGGGCAGGCCUCGGCGAUGAUCCGGCAUUAAGGAUCUAGGACUCUCCUCUAUCUCAGGUGGUUUGGGGAAAGUGUAAGGGCAAUCAAAGAUCAUCACCUUGACUAGGCCUUUUGCCCCGAACCUCAUGAAGAGAUGAUAGGAGGCAGACAUAUGUGCCUGAGAAGAGCACUGAGCUCAGUGGAGAGCAACACGGAGAUUUGGGGGUGUGCUUUGAUUUGUGUACAUCAAUGGCAGAAUCCUCCAGUGAUUCAGACCACUUCCGCUCUCGUGACCGAUUGAGUCGAUGGGCUGCGAGGUCCGUACACCGGGAACUUGGGAAUCGUCCUGCACUGGAUGUCACCGAGAAGGUCAACUCUAUAACAAGUACUUUACAGGACACCAGUCGAAACCUACGACAAGUAGACCAGAUGCUUGGACAAUAUCGAGAAUAUAGUAAUGGACAGGCAGGUGCUAUAGAACACUUAAAAGAAAGCUUGGAACAGUCAGUAGGCCAACUGCGAAGUCAACGUUUAUUGAGAAGCUCAGGAGGGAGAAGUGUUUCUGUUACAAGUCUGAGUGCAAGUGACUUUGAUGGUGGCACUGUGACAGAGAGCCACCGUUUUCCACCUACCUCACCUCUGAAGGACUAUGGGGAUCAACAGGGUAGUAAACGGAUUAGAUCCAGAGCUGGUGUCCGAUUUGUUCGAGAGACUGAUGACAUGGGCCAGCUUCAUGCUUUUCAUCAGUCCCUCCGAGACCUCAGCAGUGAACAAGUUCGCCUUGGAGACGAUUUCAACCGGGAAAUUGCCAGAAGAAGCAGGUCGGAUGCUGAAACAAAAAGGGCUUUGGAAAGAUUGUCUGAGAAGCUCAGUGAAACCCAAAAACAAGAAAUGGUUUCAGACCGGGUGGAGCGACGGCUUCAGGAAAUAGAAAGGGAGAUGCGCACAGAAAGAGAGCUGGUGGAAAGACGUCAGGAUCAACUGGGACUCAUUUCUUUGCAGCUACAAGAGGCAUUGAAGAAACAAGAAGCUAAAGCACAUGAAGAUGAGGGAGUGGUGAAAAAUAAGCUAAGACAAACUGAAACUGAGAAGAGUCAACUUGCCCAGGAGUUGGAGCUGUCUCGGAGGCUACUGAAUCAGUCCGAAGGCAGCCGAGAAACACUUUUGCAUCAAGUAGAAGAACUCCGCACACAGCUUAUGAAAGCAGAAGGCGACCGAAAGGGUUUACAGCAUCAAGUGUCUCAGAUCUCCCUGCAGCAGCCAAACCAGCAGGAUGAACAAGGAGAUGACUGGAGGUUUAGGAGAGGCAUUGAGCGGGAAAAGGAGGGUCUGGAGAAGCAGAUGUCGGAUCUGAGAGCACAGCUGAACCUCAGUGCCCUGGCCUCCGAGUUGGAGGAAGUGAAGCGGUGCGUGGAGCGAAAAGACAAGGAGAAAGCACACUUGGCAGCACAAAUAGAGAAUUUAACAUGUGAACUGGACAACAAGGAAAAGCAGCAGCUGGAGAUGCUGGAUCAGCUUCAGGAGAUCCAGAAGCACUUUGAGACAUGCGACGCCAGGCGGAAGCAUGCCGACCUCCAGAUCUCGGAGCUGACUCAGCACGCCGAGGACGCGACCAAGCAGGCCGAGCAGUACCUCCUGGACUUCCAGCAGUCGGAAGCCCUGAGACAGGAGGCGGAGAAGAGGAGAGAAGAGCUGAAACUGAAAGCUCAGGAGUCCAUUCGGCAGUGGAAGCUUAAGCAUAAGAAGUUGGAGCGAGCAUUGGAGAAACAGUCUGAAACUCUUGAUCAACUGACAGACAAGAACAAUCAGAUCCUAAAAGAAAAGGAUGAAUUGAAAAGCCAGCUUUAUGCAGCAUUACAACAAAUAGAGAAUCUUCGAAAGGAAUUGAAUGAGGUCAUAACCAAGCGUGCCCUUCAAGAGGAGGAGCUUCACUGUAAGGAGCAGAAACUAAGUGACGUUAAGGCUCAUCAAGCUGACCUUGAACUAGAAGUCAAGGGUAACCUGGACACCAUCCAUAGGCUAGAAACUGAACUGCAAAAGCAGAGUACGAAUCAAAGCCAGAUGAAAGUUGAGAAAGCUCACCUGGAGGAAGAAAUUGCAGAGCUAAAGAAGAGCCAGGCGAAAGACAAAGCUCAACUUCUUGAGAUGCAAGAGGCCAUCAAGGACUUGAGUGCCAUCCGGGCAGAUCUUGCCAAUAAAUUGGCCGAGGAACAAAGAGCCAGGAAAGAGGUGCUUAAAAACCUUUCUGACCUCAAGACACAGGCAGAAUCUAAAGAUGAAGAAACAGCUACAAUCAUUGCACAGCUAAAGCUGGAACGAGAUGUUCACCAAAGGGAGCUGGAAGAUCUCACAUCGUCAUUGCAGAGUGUGAAAACGAAACACGAACAAAAUAUCCAGGAGCUGAUGAAGCACUUCAAGAAAGAAAAGAGUGAAGCUGAGAAUCACAUUAGGACACUGAAGGCAGAAAGCUUAGAAGAUAAGAAUACGGCUAAAGUCCAUCUUUGUCAGCUAGAGAAGCUGAGAGCACAGUGUGACAGGCUGACGGAGGAAUUAACCCAGAAUGAAAAUGAGAAUAAAAAGCUGAAGCUAAAAUAUCAGAGUUUGAAGGACCAACUGGAAGAAAAGGAGAAACAUAUAAGCACCGAAGAAGAGCACUUACGGAGGAUGGAAGAGGCCAGACUGCAGCUCAAGGAUCAACUUCUUUGUCUGGAGACCGAACAGGAAUCCAUUCUUGGUGUGAUAGGAAAGGAAAUUGAUGCAGCUUGUAAAACCUUCUCCAGGGAGUCGAUGGAGAAACUGAAAGUUUUUUCAUCUGGUUCUGAUAUUAAUUAUGACCCACAUCGCUGGUUAGCAGAAAGCAAGACUAAACUUCAGUGGCUGUGUGAGGAACUGAAAGAGAGAGAAAACAGAGAGAAAAGUCUCCGGCACGAGCUAACGCUGUGUAGACAGCAGCUCAGGAACCUGACUGAGAACAAGGAAUCGGAGCUCCAGAGCCUGUUUGAUCAGAUAGAAAGGCAGGAGCAGCUUCUGGAAGAAAUACAUCGGGAGAAGAGAGAUCUGCUGGAGGAGAGCCACCGAAAAGAUGAAGAAAUGGAGUCUCUGCAGCCAAAGCUACAGUUUAACCUUCCACCCUGGGAAGAUGAUAGUCAGACUGCAGUGAAAAAUGAGAGUGAAGCUCGAAUGGAAGAAAAAGCAGACCGUGUGAAUGUGUUAGAAACGAGCACCCGAGUGGCCUUGGACCAUCUGGAGUCAGUGCCCGAGAAACUGAGCCUGCUAGAAGACUUCAAAGGCUUCCGAGAUUCCCACAGCUUGUCCGAGAGAAUUGAUGGGAGAUAUUCCAAAUACAGAGGCCACAGAGAGUCUCUUCGGCAGCACCGAGAUGACCCCAAGUACAGAAUCAGAAGCUUCAAAGAUGACCAGACCUUUGCCGACAGUUCCCAUGCUCAUCAUGGCUUGGAUCACUCUUCCUCCUGGCAGGACCGCAGUCACUUCCUGUCUAGUCCACGCUUUUCACACUUUAACUCAUUCACCACAAGAGCAUCUACUCCCAAUUCACCUUCAAUCAAGGAAGAUGCGACAAGAUUACCAAUGGAUGGAACAAGUCUACGAUCCACAAAGGAGGAAUACGAAAGCAAAAAAAGCAAAAUGUAAUUAGUUGCUUUACAUGAGUGUUUUACAAAUAAUAGCAUGUCCACCCUUGCUGCAACCUGGCCCACAUUAUCAGGCAGACAUGUCUGAAGUUUAUGCUCUUCAGCAUUGCCAAACAUCAACUAAGGUAACGAUACAGUUGGUCCUUGUGAAAGAUAUAAUUAAACCAAUCCAAAUAAUGUCAGCUCGUGAAUGACUUACAACUAACUUAUUGGCAACUUGCACCAGCAAAGAAAGUGAUAUUUUUUGCUUUGCAUUUUCUUUUUCAGGUGUGCUCAGCCACAUCUUUCCAACCAAAAUUCAGAUUUAUAAUUGAAGUCUUUCAAAAAUGGCUGGCUAAACAGGAGGAAAAUGAAUUCCCCUUGAGGCUGAAUUUGCCAGCACUUUAGAUUCAGGGAAUAUUUAUAUACAAUUGAUUUUUUUAAAGUGCUUUCUUUCUAAUAAAUUAUCAUGUGUUAUAGCAUGCCAUGGAAAUAUGCAAAUAUUAUAUUAGCUCACUUUAUAAAUGCACAGGAUUGUUAAAUUCAUCAUCUCAGCAGUCUAUUACUACAUGCAGUAUCUCAACAUUAUUUCCAAUCACCCAUAUUAAGUAGCAAUAAAGAAUUUAAUUUACAAUGCUAUCUGAAUUGUAGAGCACUGUAGAGAAUUCAUUGCACAAUUUAUUUAUUUGUCUUUUUGUGGCCAAAUAUCCCACUGUGAUCACUUCAGUUAUGUCCUGGACCAUCUUUGGUUUACUCUGACCAAAAUCAUAGUACCAAACUCCUGUGUCCAUGAGAUUGCUCUGCAAGAGUCCUCAUAUGAUUUGGUACUGUCUGUCUACUUUCAGCAUCUCAGCUUUUCCAACAUCAAGGUGUCUUUAAGAACUUACCUUCAUUACGCGCCGACGUACCAGUGGAGAAGGAUUUCUAUUCAAUGCUAAAUAAUGGUAAACACCCAGGCACUAAAUCGUCAUUGGGUCAUGGUGGGAAAAUUCUGCACAGAGGCAAGGACAAUAAAGCAAUCCCUUCCUAAUGUGCAUCACAUUUUGUGUUUGUUAGAUUUCUCAUCUGUCAUAAAGAGGCUUCCAUUGCCACUCAAGAUAUGUCUUCCUAACUCAGGAUAUUUGAAUAUGCAGAAGAGGUGAUACUCUCAUUCCAUGAACAUAAACGCUACAGUUACCACAGAAGGUGAAGCUGUUUCAUGCCCCCAAAUUACAUAAUGCAAACUACAUGACCCCUGAGAGUACAGGCAUGCGUGUUAUCAUUUAUCCAUUCCCUAAAGCUUGUAUUGAGUUCUUACUAGAGGCCAGUCAUUGUGCUAGGAAGGAAAAAAAAAAUGAAACAAAACAUAAAAGGAGGCGUUUAUGUCCCAAAUUUAGUUUGGCAUGAGGAAUUACAUGGAAAAGGGGUGAUGUGCCCAGGCUAGCUGGCAAAAUUCUGCAUUACAGAACAUUAAAGAGGUUUGGUUUGGUUUGGUUUGGUUUUGUCUAAUCUCAGGACUUCAGGCUGUUAAUGUGCUAAUGAGCACUAUGGGGCUUUAGCAGGAAUAGUCUUUUUUCUGAAGGAACAGCUCACACCCUGGUGCAGCACAUAACCUCUGUCGCUCUCUGGUAAUAUCUGGGCUAUUAAGAAAUUGUGUCAGUAUUGUCAUUGCUGUUUCGACCAAUAUCACAAUAUGUUGUCGCCUUGGAUCUGGGGAGAAAAUUAACAGGUUUAUUCAAACCCUACACAUAACAGUUGAAAACUUUACCCUAAUGUAUUAGUAGGAACUUCACCCAGUAUAUUCUGUUUAAUAGGAACUAAUUUAAACCAUUAUUAGCACAUCUGUGGUCAUUUAAAAAAAAUUAUGUCAAGACAGUGAGACCUGAAAGUUUAAGGUAACUCAGAUUAUUUACUUGGCAAACCCUUGAAAACAUAUUAGCUGAUGGUUUUAUAACAGAAUGGAGAGAGACCUUAUGAAAGACCUUUUUCAAUCUGAAAAAUAAAAUAAAGCCACUAUGUCACAUUAUUGCAGGUCUUACGCUACUUACUGUUGGGUGAAUGGAGGUGUCUGACUUUAACUAUGAAACACACAAGAACUUCAAAGGCAAAGUCAACUUUUUGAGAGCAAUGUGUUGUCGAAAUUCUUUGGCCCUCUGUUUAUAUGGAAUUAAACCCAAGGACCUGUCUUCUCGGAGGAUUUUUCCUGUCUCUUGCAGUCCCAUAAGCUGGAGUUAGAAAUCAAAAAGAAUGCUAAGAAAACACUAAUAGCCUGAUUUGUACAAUUCAACGCCAGCAGCUGUUCCUCCCUUACUUACCCCCCUGGCAGCAGAGCGUGUGAUACCAGCGCCAUCCGAGCUGAGGCUGGUCAGCCAUAUUGCUUGUAGCCCUGGGACACUGGACGGGAUAAUAAGCCUUAUCCUUACAAUGAGCCUGGUCCAAGACUUAAUUUGGAGAUUGACUUUUUUGGUUUAAGAAUUUUGAAUCUUCUGACCAUCUUUCUCUCUAAACUUACUAAGCUUCCACUGAAGUCACUGAAGGCCACAGAGGGGAGAAACAGCUGGGAGAAAUCUGGCGUGAUGUUUUUCCCAUGGGCUAAGGUUGUUAUUGCUUCCUAGUGCAGUAGUGUCUGCUUUGAAGGUGGGAAAAAGCUUGAAUAACAUCUUACACAGCCAGUUUCCCAGAACCAAUGACUUGUCUUCUUAGCGUUAUACAGUAGUUUACACAUUUUUUACUAAUGAAGAGAUAAAAUCUGUAGCUUAACAAAACAGUGUAAGGCAUUUGGAUUUAAAGGUUACAUGGAUAAAAAAUGCCUACCUACUUAGCUAAGAAAACAAUUAAGCCUAUUUUUCCUCAUUUUUCUCCUUUCAACUAUGGUAAAUACAUUUUCCAUUUUGAGGCUUGGGUCAGUGACAUGUAAAGUGCAUUUAGAGUCACAGUAAUUGUUACAUUUUUUCUAAUCUGCAUUGAACCUUAUAGUUAAAUAACAAAUGCUGUUUUAAGUGGGACCAAAUUCUUACGUAAAGUUAUGUGGUAAAUUUUUCAGCAGACUCUUUGUAGGAAGGAGCAAAUAUCUCAAAUUGUUUUACUCGGGAUUCAUACUGUAACCCCAGCUACACGUGAUACGGUAGCCAAGAACGGGAAUGAUCAUUCAGUGACUCCUUUUCUAAGAUUCUUCCACUGCUCCACAAACAAACUGUCCCAGUGUUUUCUCUCCAUCCGAAACAAAACAGAAAAUUUGUGAUUUUCAUGGCCUUAUAGUGAGGAAGCUGUCCUCACGAAAGCAUCUGGUUUUCUUGGAUCAAAACUAAACCAUGAAUCUUAAGCUGGAAAGUAAAUUUGGGAAAGUUUGUAUAUAAAGACAUUUCAUGCACUAAAGUUCAAUAUAAAAAUAGUUACGUCUUUCAACUUUUCAGUUCUCAAAUAUUUAGCAAUAAAAACAUAUCAACUUAUCCCUAUUUGAGAAAAGAAAUUUAAACCAUGAAAGAUUCCAUUUAGUUUCACUUCCGUACUAAACACGACACAUCUACUUUAAGGCCAGGAAAAAUGCUUACGUCUAGAAGCAGAACUGUAGAUUCCAAGCCCCCAAACAAAUUUCACAGAAGUCUCCCGUGAUUUUGAUUAGUAACAAAGUAAACUAAUCUGCACUGCUCUGGUGAAACCAGCCGACCUUCAAGUUCUAACCUGGCCUGCCCUCAUCUGAGUCUCUCCUGCUCAGUCCAUGCCUAUGCUCACAUCCUACCUAAAUCAAAACCCAACCCAGCUCACUCGGUGUUCUACCAGGUCAACCCCUACUGUUGACCUCCGAAGAACCCACAACAAAAAGGUAGACUGGGCCAUCUGCAUAUCUGUCAGGACCAGCCAAUUAGAAAAGGGUUUAAGUGUCACAUGGCUUUUACUACUCUCACGGUUGAAACUCUAAGAAUAAUACCUUUGUAGCUGGGGGUAUCUUUUCUUUGUAACAUAGCUGGACUCUGAUGUGGUACAAAUUCAUGCAACAACCAUGGGUGUUGAACUUGCCGCCUUGCUCUCUCUAGGAAUAUACUGAGUGUCUAAACAUAGUUUGUUAGUUCCCUUUCAGGAGGAUAGUUAAAGCAAUAUAUAAUCCAGUGAGCUCUUCCUUUGAAAAGGUAGACUCUUAUGCUGUUGAGCAUAGAAGGGAGAAAUGGGGAAAAAAUGCCGCUACAGCCAAAAUAAAGCCAUGCCACAUCGAUCUUAAUAGAAUAGUGAUUCUAACAAGAAUGUGCUAUGUUUUAAAAAAUCGCAGUUGCACUACUUGUUAUAUUCCCUGUUUUUCUCGAACUGGCAGAUGCAGGACUUUCAUGCCCACACUGUCUUCUAUCAUCUCUCAGUGGAUCCCCACAGCUUGACACCCACUCAUUUUGUAUUCUUCAGUAAAGCAUUUUGACUGAAUAUUUAAGUAAAAACAAAAGUCACAAUUUAGCCUCAGAUAUUGGUGCCGUGUGUCAUCUUAGCUGUAUACUUCACUGGAAAUAAAAGAUCAUAAAACUGGCUUGAAGCAAUAUUUUUUAGAAUAAAAUUAGUGGAUGUUAAAUUACCAACAGUUCAGAUGUUGUCAUUUAAAAGUAAGAAAAUAUCUUAUUCUGAGGGAAAGGAGGGUAAUAUUAUGUUCUCAUUAGUCACUAAUUGACAGUCUGCUUUAAAUUCUAUUUAGUAUUUUCUUAAAAAUCAUACUUUUUUAAAAAAAAGGACAAGUCUUAUUUUUAUAGUAUUAGGUUUUCCAUCCAAUUAGAGUUUCCUUUUGUUUGUUUCCUUAGAAAUGUUUCAGUUUGGAAUCAGGUGUAUUUUUGAGUCAUGGAAGCCACCAAGAGUUCAAAUGGCUUUUAAAGGCCCCAAACAGCUGGGCCCACGAUGCAAAAACUUGCACUUCAAGAGCUUGCAUCUCUCUUUGUUUUUGAAAUACUGUAUUUUAAUUGCAAAUGUUUCCCCCUAGUGUCUCUCUUUUAUUUCUUUCUCUGGGAUUCACAGUCCAAUGCUCAAGGGUCUUUGGAAGCAACUCGUGUCCUUGGUUUGGGCCAGCCGUGGCCUGGAGUCGUGCUUGCUUGUCCUGUGCGUUUGUUUUAAGGCAUCAGGGUGAAGGCAACCCUAGCGAUUUAGUGAGAUUAAUAGAUGAAACACAAUUUUUUCCUCCUGGUGUGGGCUGCUCUGUUACCCAGGUGUGAAAGGCUACUUACUCUUGGUAAAACAAGCGUGUUUCUCUUCAUCCCUGUGUCCUGGCUCUCAGCUAAUUUUUAGAGCAGUAUUUAUAUGUGCUUCAUUUAUCUGGAGAACCUAUUUAAUCACCUUCUCUAUCUUAUUCUGAAAACGUGUGUCAUGUUGUACAUAUGAUUUAAAAUCUAAAUGUCUAAUAUACCCCUUUAGCAAGCUUUUUUUUCUUUUUUCGGUUCUUGAAGCUAGCUAUUAUCAGAUCAUUCUGCAUAACUCAUAUUCAGGGUUAUCCCUAGGGCAGUGGUAGUGCUAGUUUAGAUUUUGUUUGUCCCUUGUCGCUGAGCACUUAGCUGGAUAAGGAAAUGAAGGAUGGCAGGAGUUCUGUAAAAUGAUAUGAACACAGAGGAAGCUGGGUUGCCUUCAACAACACACAUUUUAAACAGCACAGUUGAAAGAAAAAGCUGCAGUAGCACUCCAUCCUGUAUCUGCUGUGGGGUCCUGGAAGGCAGCGCCGUGAGACGUCCUGCUGAACUUGGUUUACACUGCAAAGUCCUGUCCCUAAUGAAAGACUCACUGAACCUUCCUGUUCUUUAUGGACUUCGGUUAGUGUUAUGGACGUGGAUGCAAAGUGGCCUCCCUUCAGAGAGUUUUCUGUCUGCGUGCCCUGUGCUUGUCUGCCAUUGUGGAUUUUCAUCUCAUUUGUGCCAUCACUAAACCCACUGUAAUGUGGAGAUGCAGGCUUGAUGUAUGGCUUAGCAUUUUGAAAACUUCCCAUCAAACAGAAGCUCAGGUGUCCAUGACCGGAAGUCAGAUAGCCAUCUAACAUGGUGGCUAUGGGGAAGUUGGGCAGUUAAAAAAGUUUGGAGAAACCUAGGAAUUUUUGCCCUUUUCUUUUUUCUGAGCUGAGUAAAAUAGAUGCAUCAGUUCUAACGAGGCACUUCCUGCCCCGAGUCACUGGCAGAGCUGCCUCCUCCCAACAGCUGCAGGCUUGAGAGACCUCACGCUGCUGGCCAAGGUUCGUUCUGUGCUUUGAGUAAGACCACAGCCAAUAAAGCCAAUGUGUACCGUGGAAAGAGUUUCCCAUUUUUUCCAUUGGAGAAGUCUUUCGUGAGGUUAGUUUGAGUGUUCCAAAUUAACAGUGGUGGUCAGUGCUAAAUUUUUAAUUUUAACUGCAUGUAAACCUGCUCACUAGAUUUCAUUGAGGAUAAAUCAGUUGUCUGUGAGGAAGCUACAUAUCCUUUUGUGUAGUAUUCUUUAGAGCACCGGUUCUCAAAAUUGUAGCCCCUACACCAGCAGCAGCAGCAGCAGCAGCAGCACCUGGAAGCUGGUUAACGUUGAGAUUCUCUGGCCAUCUCCAGGCCUAGUGAUUCAGAAACCCUGGGGCUGGAGCCAGUUAGUAUGUGUUGUAACAAGUCCUCCCGUGACUCUGAUGAAUGCUCAGGUUCAAGUGGCCUUCAUUUGAUUAUAACAUUCUCUGAGUUUUAGGGUAUCACACAAGAAAAGAACAUGGUUUCUUUUCUACGUGAUGUGCAAGGGCACCCUUUUCAAAUUUGGUUUUUAAUAGCAUGUAUUCUCCCAGGGGUCCAAGUUAUGAGUCCAGUCUGAGGGUGACUCGGGUAAAGAACUUAAAGCCACUUCCAAAGAUAGUUAAUUUACUACCAGAAGUCGCUUCCCUACCUGCUCUGCCUAGGCAACUUCGAUUAACCAGAACUUUCCGCCUAGAUUACCAUUGAGGCAUUCAAUGAAAUCAGGACCUACAGGUGUAGCUCUUCUCUCUGGUUUCAAGAGUAGAACAAAUAUUUGAUUAUCAAAAGGAUAUAAACUUCUGUGGGGCUGAGUUCCUAGCCUCUUUUUCCUCCCUCCCUGGCAUUUGAGGACAACCUGAUUUAGGGCCUUAGUUCUGUGUUACCAUUUCACAUACGACUUUGUUUUUUCCUUUCUGUACCAGCCAUUCACAGUCAUCCAUCAGAGUAACGUUUCCAGACUCCAACAUAGUCAUGUAAAGAUUUUGAUUUGAUGACCAGUGAACUUCAAAUCUCAACCAGCUUUUCCUCACUGUCUACAACUGAGAUCAGGGAUUUAUUGUAUCAUUCCAUCUCUUUGUUCUUGAAAGACCAAUAAAAAUUUGUGUUGGCCUUUUAUCUUACAUUUUAUACCCUCCAACUUUAUAUAAUUAAUAAUUUGAAAUGUUUGUGUCAAAUUACACUGCUCCUUUUUACCCUUAUUUGCUUAGGAAUGGACUAAAUAAGAAAUCUACACAGAAUUCUCCUAUUCUAAAGUAUCUUUACCUAAAUCUUUUCAAUAAUUCUCAAUUAUUGAAUAAUUUCUGAAUACUUGAUUUAAACAUAAAAAAAUAAAUAAAUGUUACGCUAUGUUAUA